UAAAUUAAAAUCAUACCGCAUAUAUUUCAUUUACCUAUUGUGUUUCUUGUGCAUUUUUUUUAAGUUAAAUACUAUAUCACUGUUUAAAAAAGCAAUUUGGAUCAUAAGUUUUUAUUCGUUUUAAACAAUAUGGUGGAUUGGCAUUAGAUAGUGAUCUCUUUGAAAUAAUGGCCAAAGAGGACAGUAGUGUAACCCAGGAUAUCGAAAGACAUUUUCUCAGUCAAACAGUUCGUUUAAGCGACGGUUCAGAAGGACACGUUUUUUCACGUGUAGCAAAUAAAAACAAUUUGCAGCAAUUUGUUUAUAAUUGUCAUUUGUGUGGUGUAGCUAAUUUAACAAGUGAACGUGCUUUGCAAACUCAUAUUUCUGGAAAAAAACAUCAGCAAAAGCUAUCGCAACCACAUAUCGAUGUGCAUAUUUUUCGUGCUCCCUUAACUGCCAAACCAAAAAUUCAAAUGAAUAUUGCACCCGGGGAGCCUGUACCUCCUGGUUUUGAAGAUGAAGUUAAAGUACCAUCCAUCAUACAAACCUACUUAACAGAAUAUAAAGAUGGAGCGUUAAUAGGUAUUGAGUAUUGUGUCGAGUUAACUAUUGAUGGCAAAGACCCGUCAUACAUUUGUUUGUUAUGUGACAAGAGAGGUGAUCAAAGAACAAUUUUCGGACACUGGAUAAGCUAUAAUCAUCGACUUAAAUAUUUGGAGAAACACUUUCCAACUGUUGUUAAAGAGCUGAUACCAUUUCGUUAUAAUCCAGAAGCAAAGACCAUUAUGCCACGCUUAAUUGAAGGGGUUAUACAGGCGAUCGAACAGCACCAUGGGCGUUUGGCUCCAUCCGUUUGCGAAAAUAAUGAUUUCAAACGGAAAAGAAAUAUUAUUUUGCAAGAAAUUAUUGCUGAAAAACAUUUUGAUGAAAAGACUGGUCCGAAUUUUAUUAAUGCUAUUGAUAGGACUUUAGUCGAAAAUAAAAAACAAGUACAAGAUCCGUCGCCCCCUAGAGUUCGAGCACCGAGUAAGAGGGCCGAUCACAUGAUUUCAUUAACUCGUAAGGAUCGUAAUAGUCUUGAUGAUAUUUCAAGCGAUUCUGAUACGUCUUUUAAUAGAAAUAUUGAAGAAGAUUUAAAAUGCCAUGCAAAAUUAGAUGACAAAAAAAAUAAAAGUAAAGGUAAAAACAUUCAUUCUUCUGUUUUUCGCCCAAGAGUUCAACGUUCUCCACCUUUUGAUGAAACGCAUAAAAUUGCUGAGAAAAAGAAAGUUAACCUUCCAACUCCUAAAGAAUUAUCAUUGCAAGCAUCGGAAAUUGCUCAAGAACGUUAUAAAUGGGAAAAAUAUCGUUGUAUGCUUGAAAUUGCGGUUCAUGAUCUAGAUAAACAGUUUAAAAAUUAUGAAAAAAAUCCAGAAAAACAUCCGUUAUAUCCUGAAGAAUGGAAGCAAUUUUGGAAUCGUCGUUAUAAGGAAUUGCAAGCGGAAAAAAAGGAUGCUAAUAAAUAUGACUUUAAACCCGAAUGGGUUACUUUUUGGACAAAACGAAUGAAAGACAUUUAUCAGGAAGAAAUAGAUAAAAAAAAAAAUGAAUUGAGACGACGCCUUAACUUGCCGGAAGAUGGUGAAGAACAAACUGACGAGCUGAAAGAAAAAUAUAAAAUUAGAACUAUACCUCGAAAACCAUUAAAUGAGAGUAAAUCGUCAAAUUUAUCUAACGAGUCUUCAACCGUUAUUGACAUUAGCGAUGACGAACUGGAUUUAUCUUCCAAACGCGUUAGCAAAUCAACUUCAAGUCAUAUAAGUCGAGCACGACGUCGUAAAUCGCGCACUAGGUCCAUUAGUCCAUCUCUAAGUUCACUUAGUGAUGAUUUUAGUGAUAAACAAAGUAGCGGCAAAAGUAAAGUUUCAAAACAUCGAAAUGGACGUAGUCGCAGCAGGAGCCACAGCCACACUCAUACUGUGGCACGUCAUCGAGAUCAUAGCCAUGAACGAACUCAUCGUUCUAGAUCACCUUUGCAUAUUAGGGCAACGGGAUAUUCGCAUUUAUCAUCAGCUGCACAAAAUGAAUAUUAUAUAUUAAGACCACAUAUAACGCAGCCCGGCGGUAUAACUAGAUUGACGAGUCAUGUGGGCUAUGUACCCAGAUAUUAUGCACCACCUCAUCAAACAUAUCGUGCAAUUAAUCCAUAUAAGUACGUAAAAUAUGAGGAUGAUUUAGUUGGAAAAUCUUCCCCAAAAGAAAAGGAAAAGUCAGUCGAGGCGGAAGAUAACGGACCAUUGACAGUUGUUGCUGUUUUAAGGCUACUUACAGCCCUUGAGGAUCAUUUGGGUAGUUUGGGACCAAAAGUGAUUGAUUUGUUAUCAAAAGCACUAGCUUUAGAAAAGAUUAAAGCAAAUUCAGCAGAUGACAUGUUAAUGAGCGAUGACCAUUGCGUAUUUUUUGAAACAGUGAAAGAAAAACUUAAAGGCCAGUUGAUAGCUGAAGUUUUUGACUCAAACAAAGUUAAAACUGUUAAAAGAGCAAUCAAAAAUAUAGCGGGAAUAAUCCAUCAAGCCAAUGAGAAAAAUAUUGAAAAACAAAAACAGGGCGAACAGGAAGCGAAAGAAAAUGGAAAAGAUGAUGCAAAAAAUAGCAAGUCUCCGCUUAAUAAAAAUUUACUUUGUGAUUUACCGAUAAAUCGCCAAAUAAUUUCCUCAAAGCUGGCAGCUGCCUUAGUACUCCAGAAACGCACCGAUAUAACCACCGAUGAAAUGAAUAAAUUAAUCUACGUUUUGAUACUAAUGGUUAAAUUAUCAAAAGAACGCGAUAUGGCCAUUACUGUUAGAGAUUUGUUAAUUGAGCUAGGAAUUAUUGAUCCGCCACAAACAAUUGAAGGAGAAGAAGAAUAUAUAAGAGAAAGUCACGACGAAUAUAACGCUGAAGUAGUAUAUGAAGAAAGAAAGGAGUCAGAAGAAGUAAAUGAACCAGCUGAUGAAGAAGAAGAUACAAACACCCAGAGUGGAGUGGCCGACUUAGAGAGCUUGACAGAUUCUGAUCUGCAAACUCUGCUACAAAAUUUUAAACAUUUGUCUAGUGAAGAGCAGCAUCAUUUAAUUACACAUUUAAAAAAAUUGGAAAUGACAAACCCAGUUAGAGUAGAAAAAUUAAGGAAAUCCGUAAAUAUAUCUAGUCUAACAGAAGUUCAAAAUUCAAGUGAUAUCCGAAACUUUGACAACGGGAAAAAAAAGCUAGAAACAAAUAAAAAUGACAGUUUGUCAAAGAAACGUUACAAUAUGUUUUCAGAUGAUGAAGAUGAUGAUCGUAAAUUACAGAAAAUGAUUGAUUCAGAGGAUGACGAAGACGAUUAUAACUUUGACGAUGUUGUUAAAGCUGCUUCAAAAAAUGUAGCACGUAAAAAUACUGAUGAGUCAACGCAGCAUUCCUUAAAAUUGGCCAAUGAAGUGUUUCCAUCCCAGUCUUCAAUAUUAGCACAUUCUUUUCGUGGAGAUUCUGUUCCACGUUCAUUGCGGGAUAAUGAAAAUCAAAUUGAAGAUUCAUCAAAUAUGUCAAAAACAAGUAGCAUUGCCUCAAACUCUACUACUAAUCUAGGUAUUUCACUAGUUGAUACUCAAAAUUUGAUUGCAAACUUGAUGGGCUCUUUGCAAAAAAGUAAAAAUUUAUCCCUGCAAAAUCAACAACAAUCGCAGCCAAUUCCUACAACUUCUCAACAACAGCAAAACCAACAAAAGUUGCAAAAUCGGCAAAUUAAUAAUAGUAAAGAAGACUUACCGAGAAAUAUCAACGCAAUGUCUUACUAUCAGCAGCAAUCGUCUAUUAUGCAACAGCAAUUCGAUUCCAAUAAUAUGUUUAUACACCAACAAGCAAUAGAUAUGCUUAAUUUGAACAACGCAAGUAACGAAUCUAACAAUAAUGCACAUAGUAUGAAUAGUCUAAGCAAUAUUAAUAUGUUUUAUGGCAACAAUAACAUGCAAGAUUAUUGCAUACAAAAUUAUAGUAAUCAAUCACAAUCAUUGGAAAAUUUUAAUUCUUACAAUUCAGCUGCAACUUACAAUCAACAUGUACAGCAACAUAACGUAGGUUAUCCUGACUUUGCAAAUCCGCGACAUCACCAAUAUCGCUAAUAUGUUUUGUUUUUAAAAAAAAAAAGGAAGGUAUUUAAUUUGUUUUUGCUACAAAUGGAAGUUCUGGAAAAAAUGGUUUUAAAUUGAAAUAGCAUACAUAUGAAAUAUAUAUAAAUACAUAGCUAUUAAAAAUCAAACUAUUUACCAUUAGAUGUAAAAAAAAAACUUUCAAAAUUCUUUUUAAUUUAAAUAAUAAAUAAAAUAUCUCAAA